AUGCUGCUGGUUUUAUCAAAGAUAUUGGAAGUGGCCCACUGCUACGGCCUCUUGACGCAGGAUCCGGCGCACGGUACAUUUCAGUUGUAUCCCAUUACAGCUGAGUCACUUAUGGCCGAGAUUCCGGAAUCGCUUACAUUUGAACAGACUGUUGUGCUUCCACUAGCCAUCUCAACCGCCAGUGCAGGUCUCUACCGCAAAAAUUAUCUCAACCUACCCUUUCCUGAAGCAGAUAACAUCAAAUCUACAGACAAAGUACUCCUAGUCUGGGAUGAUGCAUCUUCAGUUGGUGCAUCCACUAUCCAGCUCACAGUUGCAUCAGAUCUGACUGUCUUCACUACUGCAUCUGAGGCUAAUAAAGAAUUUAUCAAGUCACUUAGCAUGCAUGCAGUCUUCGACUACAGGUCUUCCACUAUUAUAAAAUAUAUCUCACAUGCACUCAGAGAUUUAAAUUUUACAGAAGUUUAUGAUGUAAUCACUGAAGAGCCGAGUUUUGCAGCUAUCUCCGAGAUCUUUGACACGCUUGAUACAAAGAUGCCUGUUACCAGCGUGCUUCCAUACAACCGACCAACAGAGCGAUUUAUUCCCCAGUAUGUGACUGGAUCUGGAGAAAGUACUUACCUCGGGCUCUGGCAAACAGUGCUUUCCAGGCAAAGCCAGAUCCUUAUAUCAUAG